CACACCUCUUUGUAAACUCAUAUACAUCUUCUUCUCCUCUCUUCUUUGUAGCGCACUCGAUCUGCAGAAAUCAUGGACACGAGGCCUUCAUUUUACAAGAUCUUGAUGGACCUCCCUCCCAAACUCCUAUUGCCAAAGGGUUUCACGGAUAAGUACGGCGAAAACUUGUCCGAAAGAGUUAGGCUAAGAAACAAGAGCGGCACCUCAUGGAAUGUGAGGCUCGAGAAAAUGAGAGAAGAAGGAGAAGAAACCGAUGCUUACUACUUCACGAGAGGAUGGACCAAAUUCUGUAAUGACGUGGACCUUAAGACCUUCGAAGUGCUCGUCUUUUUCUACGCCGAAAACUCCACAUUCGACGUCACCGUAUACGCGGUCACUGCACUGGAGAAGGAGCCGGCCGGCUUCAGAGCUGCGGCGAAUCCCAUGUGCCGAUUUGACUUGAAGCAACACAACUACCAUAAAUUUCAUGUUCCGAAGGAUUUCUCGGAUGCGUGUGGUUUGAAGGAGAAAAGGGAAGUGCGGUUGGAGUGUCAGGGCGGGUCGAGUGCGCGAGUUAAGGUGAACUCGUGUAAUGGCCGUGUUGAUUUAGGCGGGGGCUGGUCGGGAUUCUUGAAAGCAAACAACUUCGCUAUUAACAGAACUUACUCUCUUGAGUUCCUUCCCGCUAAGAAUGUGAUUAGGGUUGGACCAGACUAUCUCUUAUCUUAGGAUUUUUAUGACUUUUUUUCAACAUAUAUUGCAUGUUGUG